AGACCGAGAGAGGGGAAAUUUAUCUUCUUUCCCUUCUGUUUUCCUUUUAUAAAUCUUCACUUUUUGUUUGUAAAUUAUUAAAUUUCGAUUCAGAUAACAGGUUUCCACUUAUGGGAGCUAAAGCUUCUUUAGAUCUAUGAAAAGUUUUCUUUCAUAGAUUUUCCUUUGUUUUCUUUUCUCGUUUAAACUGUAAUGUAAUUGUAGUUCUUUGGAUUUUUUUGCUGUUGAAAGAAUCCUUUUUUUUCUUUCAUUUUCACUUCAAAAUUCUCUAUGUUUUUCUCGAGAGAAAUCGAGUUCAUUUUCACUCUCUUUUACUUGGGUUCUUGAAAGAGAUGGGAAAUAUUUUAAAGAAAAAGCUGCUCCUUUUUCCUCCCACUAUGGGUUGUAGUUAAAAUCUUCAGAUCUGGUCUCAUCAUCUUAGUUUUCUAUCAAGUUCUUUUUUUCCUUUCCUUUUCCCAAGUUUUCCUGAGAAAAAAGUUGGAAAAAAGAAUCUUAAUGUUCUGGGGAAGUAGAAAAACAAUAAACAUGAAUUACUUCCCAGAUGAAGUUCUAGAGCACGUGUUUGAUUUCAUUACAUCACAUAAAGACCGGAACUCAGUGUCUUUAGUUUGCAAAUCUUGGUACAAGAUUGAAAAAUACAGCAGGCAAAGGGUUUUCCUUGGGAACUGUUAUUCCAUCAGUCCAGAGAGGUUGAUAGCCAGAUUUCCAGGUUUGAAGUCGCUAACUUUGAAAGGGAAGCCACAUUUUGCUGAUUUUAAUUUGGUGCCAGAUGACUGGGGAGGUUUCCUUUACCCUUGGAUCAAAGCCAUGGGUAAGAGUAGAAUCGGAUUGGAAGAGCUUAAACUCAAGAGGAUGGUUGUGUCGGAUGAGAGCCUUGAGCUGCUGUCCAAGUCAUUUCCGAAUUUUAAGUCUUUGGUUCUGGUUAGCUGUGAAGGUUUCACCACCGAUGGUCUUGCUGCUAUUGCCGCCAAUUGUAGGUUUCUCAGGGAGCUGGAUUUGCAAGAAAAUGAAGUUGAGGAUCAUAGAGGCCAUUGGCUUAGUUGCUUUCCUGAAAGCUGUACGUCUCUUGUCUCGCUGAAUUUCGCCUGCCUCAAAGGAGAAAUAAACUUAGCAUCUCUUGAAAGACUCGUGACAAGAUCUCCUAACCUUAAGAGUUUGAGGCUGAAUCGUGCUGUGCCUUUUGAUACGCUCCAGAGACUGUUGAUUCGAGCACCUCAACUGGUGGACUUGGGUACUGGGUCUUAUGUAAAUGAUCCAUCUUCGGAGGCCUAUAAAAAAUUCAAAGCUGCAAUUCAAAGUUGCAAUUCAAUCAGGAGUUUAUCAGGGUUUUUGGAGGUUGCCCCUCGUUGUAUGUCGGCUAUUUAUCCGAUUUGUGAGAACUUGACCUUCUUGAACUUGAGCUAUGCUGCAGGCCUUCAAAGUAAUGAGCUCACUAAGCUGAUUCAGCACUGCAGGAAGCUUCAGCGUCUCUGGAUACUGGAUUGUAUCGGAGACAAGGGACUAGGAGUUGUAGCUUCAGCAUGCAAAGAAUUGCAGGAAUUGAGGGUUUUCCCAUCUGAUCCCUUUGAUGCUGGGAAUGCUGCGGUGACAGAGGAAGGUUUGGUCCUUGUAUCCGCAGGGUGUCCAAAGCUCAAUUCAUUGUUGUACUUCUGUCAGCGGAUGACCAAUGCUGCUCUCAUAACUGUAGCCAAGAACUGCACGAAUUUUAUCCGUUUCAGGUUGUGCAUCCUUGAUCCCAUAAAACCCGACCCUGUAACCAAUCAGCCAUUGGAUGAAGGUUUUGGUGCAAUCGUUCGGUCUUGCAAGGGUCUGAAGCGGUUAUCACUCUCCGGCCUUCUGACUGAUCAGGUCUUUUAUUACAUAGGAAUGUAUGCUAAGAAGCUCGAGAUGCUAUCCAUUGCUUUCGCCGGCGACAGUGACAAAGGAAUGCUUUAUGUGUUGAACGGUUGCAAGAAACUUCGCAAGCUAGAGAUCAGGGACUGUCCCUUUGGUGAUGCAGCACUUCUAGAGGACAUGGGAAAGUAUGAAACAAUGCGAUCCCUUUGGAUGUCCACCUGCGAAGUUACCCUCGGAGCCUGUAAGAUGCUUGCAAAGAAGAUGCCGAACCUGAACAUCGAGAUCAUAAAUGAAAACGAACAGACGGAAUCCAAUCUCGAUGAUAAUCAGAAGGUAGAUAAGAUGUAUCUUUAUAGAACAUUGGUUGGGCAUAGGGAAGAUGCACCGGAAUUUGUGUGGCUUUUAUAGGUGCAUUGUUUUGGCUCUGCCAUUUUUUUUGUGCUUAUUUAAGUAGUAGUACUUUGUUAGGAUGAUUAAAUCUUCCCGUUUAAUUUCCAA